GGGAUGACAGCGAGGGCGAACGAGCGAUAAAAAGCCUCUUUUUUUGUGGACCCGUCCGUUUGUCUUCUCCUGUGGAGGACUGCUGUCCGUCUCCUGGCGGUGCGAGCUGUCAGUCAUGUCUUCGUUAAGGCAUCCAGGAGACGACAGCUAACGAGCCUAACGAGCUGCUGCUGAGAGCCCCCCCUCCCCCCCACCCCUCAGUCUCUUCUUCUUCUGUGGUUUAAUUAUUCAUCCGUCACUCCAUCCGUCUUUAUGUAACAGCCGUCCUCCUGAAGAGAGAGACAGACAGGCAGAGAGACAGACAGGAAGGGAUGUUUGUGUCGGUGUGGUACGCCAAGAAGAUGGGAAGACGAUUCAUCAACAACGUGAGGCGAGCAAAGAGACACAGGCAGAGGAUGAUGAUGAACGGAUCAGAGGGAGAGCUGGAGUACGAGGAGAUCACUCUGGAGAGGGGGAACUCUGGUCUGGGCUUCAGCAUCGCAGGAGGAACUGAUAAUCCUCACAUCGGAGACGACCCGUCCAUCUUCAUUACCAAGAUCAUCCCCGGAGGAGCAGCCGCUAUGGACGGACGCCUCCGGGUGAACGACAGCAUUGUGUUUGUGAAUGACGUAGACGUCCGUGAGGUCACUCACUCUAUCGCUGUGGAGGCGCUGAAGGAGGCAGGGCCUGUGGUCAGGCUGUACGUCCUGCGGCGACGCCCACCCAGCGAACGCAUCACGCAGAUCAAACUGAUGAAAGGACCCAAAGGCCUGGGCUUCAGUAUAGCAGGCGGCGUGGGGAACCAGCAUGUCCCCGGAGACAACAGCAUCUACGUGACGAAGAUCAUCGAGGGCGGCGCGGCGCACCGCGAUGGACGGCUGCAGAUCGGGGACAAAAUACUGGCGGUGAACCACGAGUCUCUGGAGGACAUCCUGCACGAGGACGCCGUCGUGGCCCUGAAGAACACGGGGGAGGUGGUUUAUCUGAAGGUGGCCACGCCCACCUCACAGUAUAUCCACCCGUCUGACCGCUACAGCCCCCCCGACCUCACCAGCUCCUACAUGGAGCCGGACUACAUGUGUGAUUACCCACAAGCCCUCCCUCCCCCGUCCCCACGGCGCUACUCUCCGAUCCGCGGCAUGAUGGGAGAGGACGACUACUCCCGGGAGCCGCGGCGGGUUGGGGUCCAGCGCGGCUCCACUGGACUCGGCUUCAACAUUGUGGGAGGAGAGGACGGAGAGGGCAUCUUCAUCUCCUUCAUCCUUGCAGGAGGACCAGCAGACCUCAGCGGGGAGCUGAGGAAGGGGGACCAGAUCCUCAGUGUGAACGGAGUGGAUCUCAGGUAUGCGACUCAUGAACAAGCAGCAGCAGCUCUGAAGAACGCCGGACAGACAGUCACCAUCGUGGCUCAGUACAGACCUGAGGAGUAUAGCCGUUUCGAGGCAAAGAUCCACGACCUGAGGGAGCAGAUGAUGAACAGCUCAUCAGGAAGUCUGAGAGCCAACCGCAGCUUCUACCUCAGGGCGCUGUUCGACUACGAUAAGCAGUGGGACUGUGGCGUCCUGUCUCAGGCUCUGGACUUUAACUUUGGGGAGGUGCUGCACGUGUUGGACAGCGCCGAUGACGAGUGGUGGCAGGCCAGACGGGUGAACCAGCAGGGGGAGCUGGAGGAGCUGGGGUAUAUCCCCUCCAAACACAGAGUGGAGAGGAAAGAAUGGUCCCGCAUGAAGAGUAAAGGUCGAGAAGGUUUCGUUCACAGCUACGAGCUCAUCACUCAGAUUGAAGUGGACUACGCUCGUCCCGUCAUCAUCCUGGGCCCAACCAAAGACCGAGUCAACGAUGACCUGCUGUCCGAGUUCCCCGACAAGUUCGGCUCCUGCGUCCCCCACACGACUCGUCCUCGCAGGGACUACGAGGCCGAUGGGCGGGACUACCACUUUGUGUCGUCACGGGAACAAAUGGAGCGGGACAUCCAGUCCCACCGCUUUAUUGAGGCGGGGCAGUACAACAACCACCUGUAUGGGACGUCGGUACAGAGCGUCCGGCAGGUGGCCGAGCAGGGGAAACACUGCAUCCUGGACGUGUCGGCCAACGCCGUCAGGAGGCUGCAGGCGGCUCAGCUUCACCCCAUCGCCAUCUUUAUCCGGCCACGAUCCCUGGAGAACAUCCUAGAUCUGAACAAGCGUCUAUCUGAGGACCAGGCGAGGAAAGCUCUGGACCGAGCCAUCAAACUGGAACAAGACUUCCUCGAGUGUUUCACAGCCAUCGUGCACGGCGACAGCUUCGAGGAGGUGUACCACCUGGUGAAGGCGGUCAUCGAGGAGCAGAGCGGUCCGUACAUCUGGGUUCCUGCUCGCGACAGACUCUGAUUGGCCACUGCUGGCGACGGGCGCUGUCUCCAUGGAAACGCUCUCGGCUGCGGCGUGACCUCACGGAGAGCAGACGAUGUUUUUACCGUUUUUGCUUUGUUUGUACGGAGGAGCGGUUGAUUCUGUAUUAUCAGUAAAUAAUGGAUCAGGACCGUAGAGUUCAGUUGGUAUUAAAUAUUUAUAUUAUCCUAUUUAUUUAUUUAUUUAUUUAUCAAUUGAUUUAUUGAUUUAUUUAUGUGAUGUGAAAAUGGUGUGUGUGUGGGUGUGCGUGUGCGUGCGUUUGUGUGUAGUGUACAUAAAGACUUGUGUGACUGUAAAUAAAACGAUGGGGCUCAAACACACAGUCUAUUCAGGGCUUAAAGUACCAGACACCAGACUACAGGACCCACAACCCCCCUCUCAUGGACUACAGGAUCCAGGACCCUCCUCUCAUGGACUACAGGACCCACAACCCUCCUCUCAUGGACUACCACUCCCACAACCCCCCUCUUAUGGACUACAACUCCCACAACCCCCCUCUCAUGGACUACAGGACCCACAACCCUCUUCUAAUGGACUACAGGACCCACAACUCUCCUCUCAUGGACUACCACUCCCACAACCCUCCACUCAUGGACUACAGGACCCACAACCCUCCUCUCAUGGACUACAGGACCCACAACCCUCUUCUAAUGGACGGCAGGACCCACAACCCUCCUCUCAUGGACUACCACUCCCACAACCCUCUACUCAUGGACUACAGGACCCACAACCCUCCUCUCAUGGACUACAAGACCCACAACUCUCCUCUCAUGGACUACCACUCCCACAACCUUCCUCAUGGAUUACAGGAACCACAACCUUCCUCUCAAGGACUACAGGACCCAUAAUCCCCCUCUCAUGGACUACAGGACCCACAACCCUCCUCUCAUGGACUACCACUCUCACAACCCCCUCUCAUGGACUACAGUACCCACAAUUCUUAUGGACUACAGGGCCCACAAUCCUCAUGGACUACAGGACCCCUAAUCCCCCUCUCAUGGGCUACAGGACCCACAAUCUUCCCAAAUCUCCUCUCUUUUUGGACUAAAGCACUCCAAACCUCCUCAUCUGCACUACAAAACCAUCAAUCCUCCUGUUUUGGACUACAAAACCCUCAAUUCACCACUGUCUGGACUACAACACCCACAAUCCUUUUUUGGUUGAAUUACACUAACACUAACAAGUCUCCUCAUUUGGACUACACGGUCCAGAACCCUUCUCUGUAUGGACUACAAUUC